ACGGACAAAGAGAGAGAGAUAGAGCGUGCGUGCUCUAGAGAAGAAAAACUCAAUACUAUUUUCCUUUCCAUUUUUUCACAAAACGACUGUGCUUUAACGUUUGACUCAUCUCCUUCGCUUCGAAGCAAAAUCGUUACCAUCAUAUAAUAAUUUCCCAAAUUGAAAUUAUCUCAAUUCCAAUUUCAAUUUCAAAAUCACUCUCUCUCUCGCACUUCAUCUUUCAGCUUCUGCUUCUUCGCUUUCAAGGUAUAGAUGCUUGGAAAAGGUGUUUCGAGAGAACAUUUUCGGCCCCGAACAUGUUCUUCGGGGAAGAAUGCAUCCAAAACCGGUCAGGCGAAAGGGGAUUUAGAGAAUAUUGUUUUCAUUGACUUAGAUAGUGAUCACUUUGACGAUGUAGAAAUCAUAGGGUCCAGUGGGCCAAGUAAAGAUAGAACAUCGACACCUCAGAGUGUUAUCAGCAUUGACGAUGAUGAUGAUGAUGACAGUGAUGAUGAUGAUGAUGACGACGAUGAUGAAAGUGGUGAUGUGGAUCAGUCUGGAAUUGAUGUUGAUGGUGUUGGAGAGUUGGAUAGCGAUGCCUCUUCAAACAAAAGGUUUUCUAUGCCCUCAAGUUCCGCGCGGAAAUCUAUAUACGUAGAUGUUGAUGACUGUGAUGUCUAUGAAAAUGGUUCUGUUUCGAAGAGGCAAAAAAGUAAUAAAGCUUCUGCUUCUAACGUGUGGAAGAAAGUAUUCUCUCCAAACGCUAAAGAAAGAAAUCGUUAUGGUUUAUAUGGGUCUGAAAGUGACUCAUCUGAUAGUGAUUGUUCUGAUUGUGAGGUCAUAAAACGUGAACAGUGGGAAGAGGAUACCGCAAUGAAAAAGGGCCGUGUGUUUAAUGAGCAUGUCAGUUCUUCUGGUUUACAUACAAAUAAUUACAAUAACAGAGAAGUGGAAAAUAGGUCUGAAAAGCAUGGGAAAGGUCCUUUAUAUGGUCCUAGUUGUAGUAAGGAGAAUCAAUCUUCCUUCACUGGUAAGGAUGAUAUUCGGAAUGGAGAAAGGACAACUAAGAAAAAGGUUAAUCCCUGCCCCAAGUCAAAAAACUGUAAUUUCUGUAACGAUGGUAUUGGUUCUUCAAAGUCCAGGAAUGAACUGGGUGAUGACGAGUCUACAUUUAAGGAUGAUAUUCAGCAUGGAGAAAAAGUUUCUGCCUGCCCCAACUCUGAAAACUCUAAUUUCUGUAACGGUGUUGCUGGUUCUUCAAGUUUGAAGAAAGGAGUAGGUGAUAAAGAGUCUAAAUUUAUGAGCUCCAACCAAGGUGCACAUGACAUGCAAGUUGACGAUGAUGAAUCUCCAUUGAAUGCACAUGACAGACAAGUUGACAACGAAGAAUCUCCGUUGAGGAGUAAAGAUGACAAUAUUUCUGAAGAGAAUUCUAAUGGUGCCUCUUUUGAUGAAAGGCAUAUUAAUGGUCAUGAGCUUGCUUUAAAUACUCAAGAUGCUGAUCUUACCGCUUCAAAUGAGAAAAAUAUAAUUAAUCAAAAAGAAAAGCAUAAGCAAACUGAUUUAUACAAAAAAGCAAUGGAAGAGGAAUUGGCAUCCAGACAGAGACAAUUGCAAAUUCAGGCAGAGGAAGCACAAAAAAUGCGCAAAAGAAAAAAGGCUGAGAAUAGCCGAUUGCUGGACAUUGAAAGAAGGUCAAAAGAACGCCUUGAAGAAGUGAGAGAGACACUAAAGAAGGACAAAGAAUUAAUGAACACGAAAGAUGAACUGCGGGUCGAAAUAAAGAAGAAGCUCAAUCAUUUGGAGAAUCGAUGCAUAGAUAUGACCUCACUGCUUCGUGGCUUAGGAGUAAAUGUGGGGGCAAGUCUCAGACAACCUACGCAAAAGGAGGUGCAUACUGCCUAUAAACAUGCUAUGCUUAAGUUCCAUCCAGAUCGUGCAUCAAAAACUGACAUUCGCGAGCAGGUUGAGGCUGAGGAGACGUGCAAGCUCAUCUCACGCAUGAAGGAGAAGUUUUGUUCAACUUCAUGGCGCUAGAUAAAUUAUAUAGUCGGAAUGGAUAUGGGUUGUUUUUUAUUUCUUUAUUUUUACUGAAGCGCCUAUGCUUCAUUUUAUUUUUGUAUUAUUUUAAUUGAUUUAGUCUUGCUUGCCUAGCUUCCCCCAAAUUUAAUGGCUGGAUAAUAGGUUAAAGAACAAGAACAUGUAAAGGUUAUAACUUAGGAAAUGCCAAAUUUUGAAGAUGGGCUGUAAAAUUCAUCCAUUUCGUGUAUUUGGUAGUACAUGUUAGUGUCAUAUGAAAAAACUAGGGGCUAGUAAAAGGGUUUGAAAAAACUUGGUAGUACAUGUUAUUGUCUUGUUAACGCUA